UGUGCACUGGACUGCAUUACAAACAGACGAUACCAUCGCUUCAACAGCAGCCUUCAGACAAGAGGUCACCUGUCCUUGAAGUUUAAAAGACUGGAAAUAGGAGAGAGAGAUACACUGAGCCAACAAGCUGAGAAGGAGCCACACAGAUUCAAAAGAGCAAUACAAGAAGUAGAAUCCCUAAGAAUGGCCUCCCUGACCUCCAGCCUCUGGAAUGAAACCACUACAUCUGUUUAUCAAUACCUUGGUUUUCAAGUUCAAAAAAUUUACCCUUUUCAUGAUAACUGGAACACUGCCUGCUUUGUCAUUCUGCUUUUAUUUAUAUUUACAGUGGUAUCUUUAGUGGUGUUGGCUUUCCUUUAUGAAGUGCUUGACUGUUGCUGCUGUGUAAAAAACAAAACUGUGAAAGACUUGAAAAGUGAACCUAACCCUCUUAGAAGUAUGAUGGACAACAUCAGAAAACGUGAAAUUGAAGUGGUCUAGCACUCUACUAAGAUGAACAAAAUCUCUGAAAACAGCCUUCAACUACUGAGAAAAAAGGAAAAUUUUCUGAGGCCAACUGUUAUUAUGAAAAUUGACUCUGAGUGAUUAAAAGAUUUCUAAAAGAAGGGAAAAACAAGUCAAAUAUGCACUUUGUGUGUGUGUAUCCCUUUCAUUAAAUGUACAGUAAAACUUCACAAGUGUAAGUUACCAAUCU